GUCAUUGUCACUUUUGAACUUGAGGAAUGAAAUGAAAAUUGAAACUAUUUUGUAUACACUUUGCUUGCAUUCAUUUGUACGUAACUUUGUUGAUUUCGUUGCUAUAGACCGGGUACCUUAGAAACUAAACAAUAUGACCAAAAAGUCAAUUACUUUGGACGUCGAUCCAACAAUCAUGGAAAAAAAUAUGAGGAUUGUACGAGAAAACCCAGUUGAAGAAGAGUUCAACAAACUUUUGUCCAAUGUCGAAACUAUACCAUCAAAACUCGUGAAACCCACGCCAGGCUUUUGUGUGAAAACCUUCACAAAGCCAGAGGGAAAGAAAGUCUUUGUGAACAUAUGCCUGACAGAUGCCAUCAUUUGCCCCCGCGACAUUAGCAAUGAAGAGCUUAUGCAGAUCCUCAGCUCGGAAGAUCCUUCCUCUUAUAGAGUCCCUAUGAGUAUUGGGGAGGGUAGGACUGAAGCAGAUAGAUCUGGGGCUCCAGCCACAGUCUAUGAUGUUGCUAUAAACCCAGAAUUCUUUAAGAAAAUUGAAAAGGAUGACUUGUUCCAAACCUUUUUCCUCACCGUUGUCUUUGAAGGGUUACAAGACAAGUAUCAAUUUGAAAUUGACAUGCAAAAGUACACUGUAUUGAAAAAUAGAAAGUCUAUUGGCACUUUGCAAUGCCACAGAAUACAGAUAAGGGGUGUAAAGAAUAAUGAGAAGGAGACUAAGUCUCCUUUGAUUGAGGAGUUGGAUGAUAAGGGUGUUGUCCAAAAGCCUAGUGUUCCGACUUUGAAGAGGGAACUGGAGUAUAGACUGAGACGGGAACCUCCUACAGGAGAGAUUGAAUACUUGCUGGCUGAGUUCAAGAUACCUUCUUGUGUAAAUGUAAAAGACCUAAGUUUGGAAGUUGGAGAGGAUCGCCUGGUUUUAGACUCCAAGGGACAGUUUGAAAUGGUGGACUUCUUCCUGCCUUGUAGUGUGGACCAGGAAAUUAUUGAUGCCCAGUUGAAUAGAAAUGAUGAUAUGCUGUUUGUGAAAAUGCCUGCUAUACAUUAGAUACAGAUAAUAUUUAAAGUUAAUGCCUAUUGUUAAAGCUUGAAGAAUAAAACGAUUUUAUUAUUAUAAUAA